AGCUUCUUCCAUUCCUACAUCGAGAGAGAGAAAAAAAAAAUGGAGGAGAAGCAAGUGAAGAGGAGAAUGGUCGUGUUGGUUCCAGUUCCAGCACAAGGUCACGUAACUCCGAUGAUGCAACUCGGGAAAGCUCUUCACUUGAAAGGCUUCUCAAUCACUGUUGUUCAAACACAGUAUAAUCGAGUUAGCUCUUCCAAAGACUUCUCUGAUUUUCAUUUUCUCACCAUCCCAGGCAGCUUAACCGAGUCUGAUUUCAAAAACCUCGGAGCACUACCGUUUCUGCUCAAGCUCAAUCAAGUCUGCGAGGCAAGCUUCAAGCAAUGUUUAAGUCAACUACUGCAUGAACAAGGUGAUGAUGAUAUUGCUUGUGUUGUCUACGAUGAGUACAUGUACUUCUCCCAACCUGCAGCUAUGGAGUUCCAACUUCCUAGUGCCGUCUUUAGCACUACAAGUGCUACUGCCUUAGUCUGUCGCUCUGUUUUGUCUAAAGUCAACGCAGCGGCGUUCUUGAUCGACAUGAAAGAUCCUGAAACGCAAGACAAAGUUUUCCCAGGAAUGGAUCCUCUAAGGUACAAAGACUUGCCAACAUCAGCAUUUGGGCCUUUAGAGAGUAUUAUCAAGCUAUACAAUAACGCUGUAAACAUUCAAACAGCAUCCGCUGUUAUCAUCAACUCAGCGAGUUGUCUAGAGAGCUCGUCUUUGGCACGGUUGCAACGAGAGCUACAAGUUCUGGUGUAUCCUAUAGGCCCACUUCACAUUGCAGCUUCAGCGCCUUCUAGUUUACUAGAAGAAGACAGGAGUUGCGUUGAGUGGUUGAACAAGCAGAAAUCAAGCUCAGUAAUUUACAUAAGCUUGGGUAGCUUGGCUCUAACGCAAACGAAAGAAAUGUUGGAGAUGGCUUGGGGAUUGAGUAACAGCAACCAACCUUUCUUAUGGGUGAUCCGACCGGGUUCUGUUCCUGGCUCAGAAUGGACAGAGUCCUUACCAGUGGAAUUCAGCAAGUUGGUUUUAGAAAGAGGUUAUAUUGUGAAAUGGGCACCACAGAUGGAAGUUCUCAGACAUCCUGCAGUAGGAGGGUUUUGGAGUCACUGUGGAUGGAACUCAACGCUAGAGAGCAUCGGGGAAGGAGUUCCGAUGAUCUGUAGGCCUUUUACUGGCGAUCAGAGAGUUAAUGCGAGGUACUUAGAGAGUGUUUGGAGAAUUGGGGUUCUAUUGGAGGGAGAGCUGGAUAAAGGAACUGUGGAGAGCUCUGUGAAGAGGUUGACUGUGGAUGAGGAAGGGGCAGAUAUGAGAAAGAGAGCCAUCGAUUUGAAAGAGAAGCUUGAAGCCUCUGUCAGAAGUGGAGGUUCCUCAAGCAGCUCAUUAGACGACUUCGUCAAUUCCUUGAAAAUGAAGAAUUCCAUGUAGUCCCCUGUUCAAAGUCAAAAUUGUAUCAGAAAAGAUUCAUUUAGCAUUGUACAGCAAAUGGCAUAAAUGGACAUGUAUUCUAUUUUAAGUGUAAUUUUUGGCAGUUUAUCUCUAAAUAAAGGCGUUUCUACAUUUGGAGA